AGGCGUCCUCCUCCCCUCUGCUCGGCCCUGCAGUGUUGUUUAAAAAGAACAAUUCCGAGGAGUCCGGGAGGGAGCUGGUGGAGGCGACGAGUAGUGGUGUCAAUGCUGUUUUGCGAGGCUCCUCCCACCGCCAUUGCUGUGUCGCCUUCCUCACUGACGGCCACAAAAUCCCCGCUGCUCCUUACAAGGUGGUGGCGCCGGCAGGUGUCGGGGUGUUCGAGGUAGUGGUCGACGCUCACAUCACCAACGCUACACACACUCAGUUCUCCCAGGUGGUGGCCCACAUGCGUCAAGUUCGUGUACUGUCGCGGUGCAUGACGGUAGUGGUGGUGAGUAACCGUGCCGCCUUCCUUACUGCAUUUGCCGAAUGGUCAUUGAAGAGUCGGCUGUUAGUGUGGGCAACAAGGCUGCUGGCUGUGACCCAACUGGCCCUGCCAGAGCUGCAACACCUAGUAACCAGCCACUGGACCUUCACCAUGAUGAAUACCAUGUUCCUUAACCUGGAACAAGUUACCCCUACAAGACUGGGGAUGUUCGUAUACCUUCCGUACAGCCCGAGGAAGGCGCAGGUGGCGCGGGUGGCCAGGUGGACCCAAGCUACUGGACUUACACUCAUCUCACACCAGCAGCUGUUCCCAGAGAAAUUCUCUAACUUUUUUGGUGAGCAGGUAAACGUGACCGCCCUGCCAUUCUCACCCUACUGGAUUCAGGAUGAGGGCAGUGGUCUCACCCAGUACUACGGCACUGACUACCUCAUGCUGCGGGCCAUAGCUGCGAGCCUCAACUUUACCAUCCAUGUUCUUCCUGCCGCUAACUGGGAUGAGGUGACUAAAAAAGUAGAGGAGCGAGAGUCGUUCAUGGCCACGGUUAUCUACGCAAUGCUGCCUGGUCGUUUGGAACAGUACGACUUCUCUUACCCUUAUGAGUAUGCCUCCCCAACUUUCUGCAUGCUUAAGCCAGUGCUCAAGCCUCAGUUCCUCAGCCUCUACUACCCAUUGGCUGACGAGGUGUGGGCGUCCAUCCUAGCCGUGCUGGUGUUGGUGCCUGCGACUAUCAUCAUGAUGAACAUAAUGAGUAUUAGGGAGGUGCAGGAUGACAGGAUGGACACCCAACUGGUGGUGCAGGAGGUGGUGAGAACACUGUUGGGGCAGGAUAUGUCUAGGCGACUCACCAGGAGGUCGUGGGCGCGGGUAAUUAUUGGGUCAUGGCUGGUGUUCGCCUUCAUUAUUGGGGUAGCCUACCGCGGCAACCUUACUGCCUCUCUCACCAUACCCAAAUAUCCCGCCAGACCUGAGACACUUGAGCAGCUCGUCAGUGUCGUCAAGAAGGUAACAAUGCCACCUUAUGGAGCACAGUUCCGAGAUUUCUACAGCAGGUCUGAUUCUACAGUGUUCAAGGCCCUGGCCCAGAGAAUGGACCUAGUUCCAUCUGUGUUGGAUGGCCUACAGCAAGUCAGUGACAAACAAGCACAUAUCCAAGUGCGCCGGUACCUGGAGUUAGUGAUUGCUGAGCGGUUCACACAGGCAGGUGGCACCUCCCGACUCUACCUGGGCCGGGAGAACGUGUUCUCUGGGAUGUCAGCCUGGCCGUUGCCCCAUGAUGCUCCAUACAAACCACAACUAGACUUCAGCAUUAGGGCCAUCAUUGAGACAGAGCCGCCACCCAGCACCACUUUCAGCGCUAUUGUCGGGUUCUCUAUCAUCUUUGACGCCUACCACCACCACACGCUGCUCCCUGCCAACAAGAACAACCAGGAGGGAAAAAAUAAGGACAGUAAGGAUGGCAAACAGCACCAGCCUGGUUUAGAGAGGUCGGCUCCUUACCCCACACCAUUGACUCAGGUGACCACGAAAGACUUCCAGUACUGGGAUGACAGUAGUGAUGAUUACCGAGGGGUUGAGGGUACGCUGCUGCCACUGUGGAGAUUCAACUACCCCAAGGCUCGAGCCUUCAUUGUGGCAGACGUGUGUUGGAGCACCACCCACUCGGAUCUGUUUGCUGCCGCCUAUACAAACGGGGGCGAGGGAGGGACCGAGACGGGAGGGCUGGUGUGUCUAUAUACCCUCAAGAACCCUGGCGCCCCCGAGCGUCUCCUACACACACCCACAGCCCUCACCUCUGUGCACCUUCACCCCACGCGAGCGAGUGUACUAGUGGGCGGCCUUACUGACGGCUCAGUUAUGUUCCUAGACGCCCGCCUCUCUCGCUGUCCCAGAGUCCUCAUCUCCACCACUAGCUCCGGCAAGCACCUCCUUCCUGUGUCUCAGACAUAG